AUGUAAUCCUUCGCCAUGCGGGCCAAACAGUGAAUGUCACAAAGAAGAUAAUCGCGCUGUGUGUUCUUGCCAGAACAACUACUUUGGUUUGCCUCCAAAGACGAUGUGCAGACCUGAAUGCAAUUCAGACUCUGAGUGUCCGCAGAACAAAGCCUGCCGAGAGUUAAAAUGUCAGGAUGUAUGUGUAGGAAAGUGCGGUAAUAAUGCACAAUGUCAAAUGAUUAAUCACGAGCCUAUAUGCAGCUGUACGCCAGGAUUUACAGGAAACCCAUUUGUGUACUGCAUAAAAGAAGAAAAAAAUCCAUGUAAUCCUUCACCAUGCGGGCCAAACAGUGAAUGUCACAAAGAAGAUAAUCGCGCUGUAUGUUCUUGCCGGAACAACUACUUUGGUUCGCCUCCAAAGACGAUGUGCAGACCCGAAUGCAAUUCAGACUCUGAGUGUCCGCAGAACAAAGCCUGCCGAGAGUUAAAAUGUCAGGAUGUAUGUGUAGGAAAGUGCGGUAAUAAUGCACAAUGUCAAAUGAUUAAUCACGAGCCUAUAUGCAGCUGUAAGCCAGGAUUUACAGGAAACCCAUUUGUGUACUGCAUAAAAGAAGAAAAAAAUCCAUGUAAUCCUUCACCAUGCGGGCCAAACAGUGAAUGUCACAAAGAAGAUAAUCGCGCUGUAUGUUCUUGCCGGAACAACUACUUUGGUUCGCCUCCAAAGACGAUGUGCAGACCCGAAUGCAAUUCAGACUCUGAGUGUCCGCAGAACAAAGCCUGCCGAGAGUUAAAAUGUCAGGAUGUAUGUGUAGGAAAGUGCGGUAAUAAUGCACAAUGUCAAAUGAUUAAUCACGAGCCUAUAUGCAGCUGUAAGCCAGGAUUUACAGGAAACCCAUUUGUGUACUGCAUAAAAGAAGAAAAAAAUCCAUGUAAUCCUUCGCCAUGCGGGCCAAACAGUGAAUGUCACAAAGAAGAUAAUCACGCUGUAUGUUCUUGCCAGAACAACUACUUCGGUUCGCCUCCAAAGACGAUGUGCAGACCCGAAUGCAAUUCAGACUCUGAGUGUCCGCAGAACAAAGCCUGCCGAGAGUUAAAAUGUCAGGAUGUAUGUGUAGGAAAGUGCGGUAAUAAUGCACAAUGUCAAAUGAUUAAUCACGAGCCUAUAUGCAGUUGUAAGCCAGGAUUUACAGGAAACCCAUUUGUGUACUGCAUAAAAGAAGAAAAAAAUCCAUGCAAUCCUUCGCCAUGCGGACCAAACAGCGAAUGUCACAAAGAAGAUAAUCGCGCUGUAUGUUCUUGCCAGAACAACUACUUUGGGUCGCCUCCGAUGACGAUGUGUACACGCGAAUGCAAUUCAGACUCUGAGUGCCCGCAGAACAAAGCCUGCCGAGAGUUAAAAUGUCAGGAUGUAUGCAUAGGAAAGUGCGGUAAUAAUGCACAAUGUCAAAUGAUUAAUCACGAGCCUAUAUGCAGUUGUAAGCCAGGAUUUACAGGAAACCCAUUCGUGUACUGCAUAAAAGAAGAAAAAAAUCCAUGUAAUCCUUCGCCAUGCGGACCAAACAGUGAAUGUCACAAAGAAGAUAAUCGCGCUGUAUGUUCUUGUCAGAAAAAAUACUUUGGUUCGCCUCCAACAACAGUGUGCAGACCCGAAUGCAAUUCAGACUCUGAGUGCCCGCAGAACAAAGCCUGCCUAGACUUAAAAUGUCUGGAUGUAUGUGUAGGAAAGUGCGGUAAUAAUGCACAAUGUCAAAUGAUUAAUCAUGAGCCUAUAUGCAGUUGUCAGCAAGGAUUUACAGGAAACCCAUUCGUGUACUGCAUAAAAGAAGAAGGUGAGCAGUGCACACCGUUUUUAGUAAUGCUUAUCUUGAUUUUCAGCUCAAAUAUUUCAUCCUAUCUUUUUGAUAUUCAAAAUUAACUCCUUGGUUGUGAAAAUAUGUAUGACUUGAAGAUUUCAAGACUGAUUGAAACGAGCUCAUUUUAUUAAUUUUUGGUGCGCUAUAUGUACAUGUACCAACAUGCAGGUACAUACUUCAACGUUCAAUUUCAAAAAGAUGAAUUUUGAAGGGAAUGAAUUUUAAGUUUUGCAUAUUUUUCCAUUUUUCUCACCAUGAAACUCAAAACUAUGGAAAAACGAAGCAUUCUAAACAAUUGGUUUAGAAGAAAACUGAAAAUUGUGUAAAAUUCUCAUGGAUUUGUAGUUUGAAAAUAUGUACUUUCAUAAAUACUGUAUAAAAUUAAUGGUAAUAUUCAGUAAACUGGGUAACAUUGAAAGAUUUUUCAGUAUUUUUUAUGUUUAGAGGUAUGAAUGGCGGAGGUAGGGGAAAUGUGUGUGAUGCUUUUAAUAAAGCUAUGUCACCACUACGUUUUGGCGGUUACAGAAGUUUUCUA